AUGGCUACCACAGUCGACAAGAUCAAGGAUAUCGAGUCCGAGAUGGCUAAGACACAGAAGAACAAAGCAACGUCUUUCCAUCUGGGCCAGCUGAAGGCCAAAUUGGCGAAAUUAAAGAGAGAACUGCUCACUCCGUCGUCGUCCGGUGGUGGCGGCGGGAGUGGAUUCGAUGUCGCGAGGACGGGUGUCGCUUCAGUCGGCUUCAUUGGAUUCCCUUCUGUUGGGAAGUCCACUCUCAUGAGCCGACUAACGGGACAGCACUCGGAGGCUGCAGCCUACGAAUUCACAACCCUCACCACGGUCCCCGGUCAGGUCAUGUACAAUGGAGCGGCCAUCCAGAUGCUCGACCUACCGGGGAUCAUUCAAGGCGCCAAGGAUGGUAAAGGUCGUGGUAGACAGGUCAUUGCCGUGGCAAAGACUUGUCACUUGAUUUUCAUCGUCCUCGAUGUCAAUAAGCCACUGACCGACAAACGCGUCAUUGAGUCGGAGUUGGAGGGCUUUGGCAUCCGCAUCAACAAGGAGCCUCCAAACAUUGUUUUCAGAAAGAAGGACAAGGGGGGGCUCAACAUCACGAGCACCGUGCCGCUGACACAUAUCGACCACGAUGAGAUCAAAGCUGUCAUGAACGAGUAUCGAAUAUCGUCUGCUGACAUUGCCAUCCGAUGCGACGCGACAAUAGACGAUCUCAUUGAUGUGCUCGAAGCCAAGAGCCGGAGUUAUAUCCCUGUUGUAUAUGCGCUGAACAAAAUCGACAGUAUCUCCAUCGAGGAGUUGGACCUGCUUUACCGUAUCCCCAAUGCCUGCCCGAUCAGCUCCGAGCAUGGCUGGAAUGUGGAUGAACUGUUGGAACUGAUGUGGGAGAAACUUCAACUGAAGCGCGUUUACACCAAACCGAAGGGCAAGCAACCGGAUUAUUCGACACCCGUGGUUCUGAGGAAGAAUGCCUCGACCGUGGAGGAUUUCUGCAAUGCUAUACACAAGUCCAUUGUGGAACAAUUCAAACACGCUAUUGUCUACGGUCGUUCAGUCAAGCAUCAGCCCCAGCGGGUGGGCCUUGCCCACGAGCUCGCGGACGAGGAUAUCAUCACCAUUAUUAAAAGAUGA